AUGGCUUCGGAAGCUGGCGACAAGGCGUUCGCCCCACAGGACGAUUCCAAGGUCCACAAAAGAGCUUCCCACGCUUGUCUAGUCUGUAGGGCUCGCAAAGUGAGGUGCGAUGUCACUGUCCGUGGUCCUCCAUGCACCAAUUGUCGUCUUGACGGCGACGAAUGCGAAUCUAGGCGAACUAAGCGACAUUGGCGCGCGAAGGGUUUUGACCCCCGGAAAGGCGACUUUGGUCUCUCCCGACCACGCCGUUCCGGAAAGGUACUAUUUCGGAGUCUCAGGGGUGGCCUUGAAAACGAAAGAUCAAGACUUGAAGGAUCCUUAGAAACAUCCGAAAAGUUGCCCUUGCCCGACAACCCUAUUUUGAUGCAUCCAACAUUAGGCAGCCCAGAGCCUUUGAACUCAUUAUUUGGAGUCCCGAGGCAGCCAAGCUCGACACAAGGCAACGAUAAAGGCAUUCCUCCAGCUUCUGCAAUAGAUCAGGCGAAAGUCAAUGCAAUGCCGGCGAAACAUCUUGAUGCCUGCGGUGGCUGUCGGUCAGAAGAUGCAGGGAUCGUGAACAUGACAUCGUCCACGACUCCACAAGCCAGCUACGAUGAGAGGCAGGGCAUGAUGAGCGAGAUCGAUGGGUCUCCGGGCAAUGAAUUUUGCUCGCUGUGGUACAACAGCUAUGCCUACUAUCAAUUCCUUGUCUUGACCAACCUCUCUUCUAUGCCGCCACAAGAUUACAGGUUUCUUGAACAGCAAGGGUGUCUUCACAUCCCAGUCCCGACAAUCCUUGACGAUUUUGUACGCGAUUAUUUCUUGUACGUUCACCCAAUAUUGCCAAUAAUCGACGAGCGGGCAUUCUGGGACAUUUACUCUCAGCGUUCCAAGUCGCAGCCAUGCGGUGAUAAGGUCUCGCUGCUUCUCUUCCAGAGUAUGCUUUUCUCUUGCUGCAAUUCGCAAGCUGCGCUGCUAUUGGCAUCGUAUUCGUUCUCUACAUCUGAGGCCUCUCGCAUGCCCAACAUCCCCUGGCUCUCCAUCGCUAUACAUCACGCCAGAGACGCCGAAGCACACAAGUACCAUGAAUUCGAUGUCAACUCGGAGGAGCACGCGGUCCGAAAGCGGCUGUGGUGGGGCUGUAUUAUUCGAGACAGGAUUCUCGCCUUGGGGAUGCGUCGAGCCAUGCUGCUAACGCCUAAACAGUCCACCAUCGUCGGCAACGUCCCUCUCUCCCAAUUUGAUCUUGCAAAUGAGGCUACUCAGAGUCUGGUGUACGAUUUCGAAACAAAGGUUCUUUUGGGAGAUAUCCUCGGGCUACUAGUGGAGUUGUGCAUCAUUUUAACCGACAUACUGGAUCUGGCGUUCCCCAUUGAAGACUGUUUGAAGCUCAGCCGGACCAACGUAGAGACUAGAAGGCGGAUACAGAAUUGCCAGAAUGCCUUGGUUGGUUGGCGUCGGGAAGCGACUAUCCGGCUUCUAAACAAGAGCCAGACUUCACAGAUCUGUAGGAGUGAACAAGAGGGGUCGCUAGUGCUCUUUGCCAACCUUCUCUGGAUGUACUACUACGCAUCGCAAGUGACGUUGGGUUACUACGAGAUCCUCCGGACAGCCGCUAUCACUAUGGCUGCCAGCCCGUCUGAUACCUCAGAGAACACGUGGAAGCAUCUUGAACUCCAGACUGCUGCAACAGGAACAGUGGGAUGCUUGGAAGCGCUAGUUGCCUCUCAACUCAUCAAGAGACUUCCCGUUACGGCCAUCUCAUGCACGGCGCUACUUUUACUCCUACAUUUCUUGGACGUGGAGAUGUCGUCUGCGGCAGCGGAGAAUGAAAACCCACAGCGUCUUAAACUCAUGAAGUACCGGCUGAAGAUCCUCAAGAGCGCCAUGGAGGUAUACCGGUUGCAGUAUGAAGGGGUUGAAUGGGUGAGCGACGCGAUCAACCAGGUGGUUAAGCAAGCGAAGGUCGGCGUCAUGACGGACGCCGAGCCGUCGAUGCUGCAGCGGAGCAGACCGGGAUCAAUUGGUGUGAGUGGCUCAAUUGAGGCUUUGAACUUCCAACCCAGAUGGUAUCUUCGAAUUGCAUUCACAAUAGAUGUAGCGUUUAGCAAGGGCCGACUGCCAGAUGACGCGAAUUUUCUCCGUAGCUUUAGCGGCUUUGGCAUGUCCGAAACGACGCCGGCACAGGGUGUCCAGGGAGAAGAUGAGGAGGCAAGCCAAAGGAACAUGGAGACAGCGGACAGUUCUGAUACAACUACUACAGAAUGUGGAACGGUAUUGGGUAAGCAGAAACUCACUCAAGGUGCGGGAGCGCUUGGGGAGACGGGCUUGACGGCCGAUGAGUUGGACAUUUUCUUCUUAUGGGUAGGCGAAGGACCAGACAGUAGUUAG